GGUCGUGUACGGGAAUUCUCAUAACUCCUUCGGACGUCACCGGGGACGCACGUAGCGUCCCUUGAACCUCACAGGACUUCGAAAGUAAACAAAAAUGCCGUGCAGUGAAGAUGAUGAUUCCCAAACCGGGUUCAUGUCUGAACCGAGUCAGGGAAUGUCGAAGGCUGAACUUCGAAAGACCAAUAAGCCCAUAAUGGAGAAGAAGCGACGAGCUCGCAUCAACCACUGCCUCAAUGAACUGAAAGAGCUACUCACUGACUCUAUGGACAAAGACCCAGCUCGCCACUCAAAGUUAGAAAAGGCGGAUAUCCUAGAGCUGACGGUAAAGCACCUGCAGCGGUUGCAGCGACAGCAACUGGCAGCCGCCAUCGCUGCGGACCCCGCUGUGCUGCACCGCUUCAAGUCCGGCUUCGGAGACUGCGCGCUUGAGGUGCGCCGCUACUUGUCGCGCCUAGCCAGUGUGCCCACCGGCCUGCGCUACCGCCUCGGCGACCAUCUCAACUCCUGCCUCUCCGGCAUCGAACGCCUCCAUCCUGCGGACUACCCGCCUCUCGUACCCGACCCGCUCAGACUCGAAGACGAAAGACCCAGCGCAUUCCAUUUCGUCAAAUCAACGAAGCCAACCAGUCCACCGUUGAGUCCGUUAUCCUGUGACUCCGCGUGCGAUUCGUCAACCGAACUAGAAACACCACCGAGACCUGUACAGAAAUUCCCCUUCCCUACACCACCGAGUAGAUCGGCUUCCGAUCAAGACUCGAGCCCAGAACAGAAGCCAACCGUAUCCUCCACGACGAUAUCCCCGGAGAGUCUACAGCAAGAAGGUUCCAGAACUAAAAAGUUUAUGGAGCCAUUAUCGAUAGUGAUAGACGUAGAAAACUAUAAAAUCGGUAUAGAUGCGUCUCCGAAACGCGCAGUAGACUAUUCAAUCAGACAGAAAUUAAAAAGACCGUCCGAAACAAUAGGACCGGUACCGAAAUUGAUUCGGUUGGAUCCUGAACGCAAAGUUCCUAGCCCUGAGAGGACACAGAUCGAUAGGAUAGUUGUUUUAGACAGACCUGAAAAAAUAUCCGCGUUUAGAAGAAUACCAGCAGCCCACGAGAGGAAGUUAACGCUGCCUGUUAGUAUACCGGCGGUAGUUGAAAGACCUUCUCUUGUGCUAAACCCUUUGCAAAGAUCUGUGAUAAGCCAUACUGCGGAAUCCCUAGCACAGUCGAGUACAUCCAGGGUUGUCAAACAGGAAACAAAAGAAUCUGAACCUAGCAACCGUCCCAAAUCACCUGAACAGGGAACGUCGAGUAGUUCUGAAAUGUGGCGGCCCUGGUGACAACAGAGAAAUCUAGGAAUAGCAAAUUAUAUAAGAAUUUAUGAAGAACUUUACAAAGAACAUCAUCAUUCAAUAGAAACUCGUAUAUUAUGUAGAUUGAGGUUCGCUUGUUCGUACUUUUCUUGCCGUUAAGAAAAUAGUUUUGUCCUAACGAUCCAUUCUAUAAAAUAUUUUUACGACAAUUCUAAUACAAAUAUCAGAAAUUACUUCUACUACCUUCAACAGUUAGUAUGAAUA